ACUUCCUUCCUCUUCCUCCUUUUAUCAGUUUCUGGAGCAUUUUGUUUAGUUUUUUUAACAGAAAUGCAGAGUCUGCAUGAAGUCAGAGUGGGAACUGCUCACACACAGAGGAUUUGAAGCUGAAAAAGGAGCCAAACUGCACUUUUAAACUGAAGACUGGAGAGUCAGCUGAUCCUUCACAUCUCACUUUGAUUAUUUCUUUCCUGAAAGUGCAGAUUGACGCGGUUUCAGCUUCUCUCCAGCAGCGCGUCGCAGCCGUGCGUAAAAACCUCCAAACCUCCCCCCUGAUCCCCGGGUCUCUCCCUCUCUCCCCCCCGGGCUGUGGGAGGCACCUUCAUCUCUUCCUCUCCCUGAAAGACUCUCUCUGAAUACGCGUGUUCAGCCUCUCGUCCUUCCUCUCCUCUCCGUACAGCCGUGCGUAAAAGCUUCCAAACCUCCAAACUUUCGCCCUGAUCACCGGGACAAAGCCCUCCCUCGUCACCCACAGGAUUUCCUCUCUCCCUCUUCUCCCCGCUGAAUGAGUCCCUCUGAAUCCGCGUUUUCAGCCUCUUAUCAAUCCUCUCCUCUCCAUACAGCCGUGCGUAAAAGCCUCCAAACCUCCAAAUCUUCUCCCUGAUCGCUCUCUUCACCCACAGUAUUUCCUCUCCUCCUCCCCCUCGCCCUCUUCCUCUCCCCCCCUGAAUGACUCUCUGUGAAGCCGCGUUUUCAGCCUCUCGUCAUGGAUGUGAUGAAGAGCCGCUACCUGGGCAUCGGAGUGGCCGUUGCGCACGGCGUGUUCUCCGGAUCCCUGAACAUCCUGCUGAAGUUCCUCAUCAGUAACUACCACUUCAACUACCUGACGCUCAUCCAGCUGCUCACCAGCUCCACGGCCGCGCUCACUCUGGAGCUCCUGCGCCGUUUGGGGAAGGUCAACGUGCCGCCGUUCAGCGUGCAGCUCUCCAAGGAGUUUGGCCCGGUGUGUAUCCUGUCCACGCUGCAGUCCACCCUGACUCUGUGGUCUCUGCGCGGCCUCAGCCUCCCGAUGUACGUGGUGUUUAAGCGCUGCCUGCCGCUCUUCACGCUCAGCAUCGGCGUCUGCGUGCUGAGGAACGGCAUCCCGUCCAUCGGCGUGGCGAUCGCCGUCAUCAUCACCACAGGGGGCGCUGCUCUGGCCGGUGCGGGCGAUCUCACCGGCGACCCCUUUGGUUACGUCACCGGUGUUUUGGCGGUCAUCAUCCACGCCUUGUACCUGGUUGUGAUCCAGAAAACGAGUCUGGACUCUGAGUACGGUCCGCUAACGGCUCAGUACUCCAUCGCCAUCAUGGCCUCGCCGGUGCUGCUGGUGUGCUCCCUCAUCUCCCUGGACACCGUCAACAUGUGGUCGUACGAGGGCUGGAAGGACCCCCACAUCACCGUCAUCUUCUUCUGCUGCGUCUUCAUCGGCUGUCUCAUGAACUUCACGACGCUUCACUGCACGUACAUCAACUCCGCCGUCACCACCAGCUUCGUCGGCGUCGUCAAGAGCAUCGCCACCAUCACGGUGGGAAUGCUGGCGUUCACCGACGUGGCGCCAUCUCGCCUGUUCAUCGGCGGCGUGGCGGUCAACACCGUCGGCUCCAUCACUUACUGCGUGGUCAAAUACUUUGAGACGAAGAAGAUGAGUUUGUACGAAGAUCUGGAGGAAGCUGGGAAAGACGGAGCGCUUCCUGGCGAGCCUCACCAAGAGAAACCGGCUCUAAACGGGGAUUCUGGAUCUAAUCCGGGACAAACGGAGGUCGAUGGGGUGUUGAUUGGUGACGGGAAGACGGAGGUAGUUCAGGACGGUGUGGCUAACGGAGAUGCGUGGACAGGAAACGGAGAAACAGAGGCAAAUCCCCAUGUUAUGACAGAAACAGAAAUGCUAGAGAUGCAACGAGAGCAUCUUCACAAGGAAAACGCCGCCCCGAACCCUGGUCCGUCGGUCAGUGACAGCUAUUUGGGGGUUUGGAGGUCCAUCAGACAUCUCCAGUUCAUGAAGAAAGAACCUUUAAUCGACAACAUGGAGCAGCAGAGUCCGUAGGGCCAGAAAAGAGACCUGGACAGACUCUAGAAAUUAAGAAUUAGAGGGAAAAAGAGACUCUAUGUCCACCGGGAACGUACUUCAUUAGCAGCGCUGAACAAAUGCUCGUUGAAAACAUGUUUGCUGCGACACCUCGAGGAGCUUUUUGUGCUAAAAGUUCAAUUUCAUCACACAAGGCUUUGAGUGCAAAGAACAGGCAAAACAGAGAGUCAUUUUUUGUGUUUAUAACGAGAAGUAAAACAGAGGUUCCUGGUGGAGAAAAGUGGAUGAAGAGUUUUGUGAGAAGCUGCCUGUCAGAGAUAAAUUCGGCGGGGACGAGGCUAACCGCCGUGUAGCAUGAUUUGCGUCUCCUCGGAUUAGCCUGCUAUCCAAAAAAAAGAAGCAGGUCUUGUAGUAAAAGUGCAAAAACAUCCAAUCAGGGAACAGCAAACCAACAGCAGCAGACGCCUGAGAGUUAAUGUUUUUUUAAACACCUGGGGGAAAUCUGGUUUCUGCUUGAUUUGAGGAUGCAUCUUGAAUGCACCUGUAAAAGCAUGCGCUGGUCAGAAACAAUGCUAAUGGCUAUGGGUGUUUGAGUCUGAAAAUGAGAUGUAACCCUGCAGGUCUUCUGUCACACCUGUUUAGAGUUGGUUUACCAUUCAUGUUUCUGCUUUAAUAAGUUAGUGGCUGCUUUAACACAAGCAGGGAAAUGGAGUAGAAGUGUAAAAUAAGGUAUUGGGCUUCAAUGUAAGGUUCUGCUUUUACGUUAGAAAGGUAUUUGAGCUUUUCUGUUUCUGUCCUAACACUUUGCCAUUACUAAACAUACACACUUCUUAUCACGUUAGCUUAGCAUAAAGACUGGAAGCAGGGUUAAACAUUUAGCAAGUUUCUGUCCAAUUAAAAUAAAAAAACAACAGCAACAGAAACCAACACAGAUUAGAUUCAUUAACUGCAAAGACAAUGUUUUUCCAAUAUUGAUUAAUUGUGGAAUAAACCCUUUGAGUGUCGACGUCACGACUACGACACAGUUUAAGCGGUACGCAAAAUAAAAAAAGCUGUAACUAAACACGAAUCACCUCAGAGAAGCAGGUUACAUUUAUACAUCAGAAAUGUGUCCUUGCUUUGUUGUCUUGUGCCGGAAUCAAAAGAGUAAUGCCGCCAAUUUGAAGAAACACAAUUAAGGUUUAAAUCGAUAAUAAGAUGCACGGAUCGGACUGAGACGAUCAUCAAAUAUGCAAAGUGUGGGUAGCGCCAGGUUUAAAUCAGAUAAGGUUAAAUAAAGUAUUGCCAUCUGUUGGUAUGGAUAUGUUUUGUCAACCUAAUUUGAAAUGAAGGAACUAAGAGAAACAACGUCUGUACAUUUCUAUUGAAACUCUUUGCUAAUUUUUCCGAAAUGGCAACGGUCCCAAAAGUGUUUCAUUUGAACAAAAAACAAAUUGCCAUGUUCUUUAAGCACUCACUUUCCCUUCACAAAACAGAAGCAUAAAUGACUAACUAUUACGUAGAAUAACAGCAAAAGAUGACCCGUCCUAUGCUGCCUCUGAUUGGUUAAUACUUGUUGCCUUCCUUGGUUGGAUUGGUUGAGUUUUAGGCGUGAGUAGUGGGAUUGGUUAGGAUGAGGGUAAGAAUAUCAGGGUUAGCCAAUCAAUGGCAUUAAGGGUUAGGGUUUAUUAUUUCAAAACUUUCAGGAAAACCUUAAGAAUUGGAUUACAUUUACCCAAAAAGCCGGAGAUUUCCACCACAAUUAAUACAAAAUUAAGUUCUACAUGAAACAGACUGUGUCCAGUGGGAAGACAGUUUAAAUCUGUUUCUAAGCUAAUGUAAAACAUGUAAGACAGUUGAGCCGGAUGUUGCUACAUUUAGUAAAGAUGUCAGGCAUUUAAAAGCCUCUGUGUAAAGCACUACUCUGCCUUUCUCCUAACACACAUUCAGGGAAACAACAACUGAGGUUUUCAUUCUGUAUCUUCCCUUAAAUCUCAAGAUAUCUGUAUUUAACUCUAAACCAGAAAGAUUUAUCUCUUCCUCUUCAAACGUUAUCUCUGUCCACACAGAAAAAAGCUACCGGGCGUCUUCAAUUGCGUGUGGAGAAAAAGCUGUCAAGCGGUGAUAUUGAUCGAUAUUGAUUUUUCUUCUCACACUCCCCAAACUUCAUUUAACGGUACAAAAGAUCUGAUGUCCCCCCGAGCUGCAGCAGACAGGGUGUGUGCAGCUGCUUUAUCUGUUGUUUUGGACGAUCAACGGUUUACUUAAAAGAUACGUGAAGUUGUUGAAGCAUGACGUGAUUGGUUGGUGUUGCAGGUGUGUGUUUUGAGUACCAGCACGAUGAACUGUUGAUGUGUUUUUUCUGUAUGUCCAGGUUUUAAAAAAAGUAAAUGAAUGUAUUUGAAAUGUUUAUUUUCCCCCUAACAUCCAAAUCUAAAAUGUGCUGAAACUGCAUGGAUGUUGACACAAGUUGAAAUAGACAUAAAACUAAAUCAAAUCAUAUUCAGACCAAGUUUUUUAACUUCAGCUUUCUCAAGUUCCCUGCAUUUAUUUAUCCAUUUAUUUUGCAUAUUGUGGACCCACCUUUCUCGAGAAAUACAAGUACAUUAAAGCCAGAUAUAUUUCAAUCUUUCUAAAUAAUUUAGCCUAAUUUUACACUUAAACAACAUCCUAAUAAUUGUUAUUUGACGAGAACCAGUUAUGGAGAACAUUGAGAUAAUUGAGUGAACUCUCCCAAUUAAGAAAUUCUAAUUAUAUUUAAAUUAAUUAAUACCAUAAACUCUCUUUUUCUAAGUGCACAGUGGGUCGGUUUAGCAUUCACAAAUCUGUAAUUUGUCUAAAGACAUGCAUACGGUUUCAUAUAAUCUGUGAAUAAUAGGGUUAAAUACAAUUUAUAUUUACCCCAUAAUUUAUAUAAUUAAUUUAAUUGGGUAGUUCUUUCAGGAUUCUGUGUGCAGAAAAAAUAAUUCCAGUAAAAUGCAGAAUUCAUUUAGUUAGUGUUAUUGUCAGUUUUUCUGGCAAUAAAUCUGCUUCUCCAUCUGUCAAAAUAAUCUGAGCUCUAUAAAAUGUGCUGCACAUAAUUUAGUCAUUUUAGUUGGGAACGCAGCGCACAGCAAUGACUUUAUUUGGAAAGUAGUUAUCAAUUCUCAAGAUGGGCACAAUCAGCAUAAGCAGCCUGUUGUAAAGACACUUUGUGGAAGAAGCAGAAAGAGAUGGCUCUGGUUGUUCGUGGAAAAUAGUUAAUGUUUUCUCUGUUUCUACAAAAAUUGUUAGUUUUAGUUUGUCCAAAUUGCAGCCUUCGUUACAGUACAUGCUCAUUUUUUUAAAUGUUUCCAGGCCGUGUAGACAAAUGAUUAAUAUCUGAGUGAUGGAAGUUUAACAUAAUUUUUGUUAAGUUGUAAUAUUGCAAUGUUUUCCUUUUGUGUCCAACAUGGUGACAUUUCUCUUCCUCACCUUAUCUCUAAAGAUGUCAAGUAAUCAGUUCAUUAUGGCUCUGUUUCAUCCAGGAACAGACAACGUGACUUAUUCUCAACUUCCAUUAAUUAUGUUUUGUGAGUGUUUAUGUGCCUCAAACUUUUCACCCUGCCUCUUCUUUAUUUAACUUUAUUUUGUAGAAUGUUUACAAGUACUGUUUUCAUGAGCUUUGGCUUAGGGAUAAAGAUAAAGAAAACUCAAGAUUGACUCAAAGACAUCUGGCUUUUUCGAGCGAAAUAUGGGGCAUGUCAACAAAAUGAAGGAAAGAGAAAACUAUGAAAUGUUUACAAAAAGUUUUCAUUUAUAACGUGCAUUUUUCUAUCACGGUUGGAUUGGUGUUUUAAUCCUAAAGGCUAAUGCAUGCCUAUGUGCAGUUAACUUCUUAAGGCUGAUUUGGAUCUCAAAUCGUGACGCUUUAUAAACUUUAUGCAAAAACCAAGAGUAGAGGUGACAUUUUGGGCUAACAGAAUACAUGUAACACAAGGAUUAACUGUUACAUCUGAUUUUAUUGUUUCUUACCCAAUCCUUACUUCAACUUCAUUGAUUAUUGCAUGUCUUAAACCUUCAAAAGCAUUUAAAAGAAGUGACUUGAAGAUGUCCUCACUUAGUGGGUCUAAAAACUGGCAUUGGUCCUCAUAAAUGUAUGAAUACAAACACACACACACACACACAGAAGCAGUGGAUGGAGGAUAUACACAUUAUUCCCCCAGGGUGUUUUGAAUGACUUGGAGAAGAAAAACAAGCUAAGAAACAAUAAUUCCCAGGUUGUUUAUUUUUAUUUCUGUUUUUAUUUAUUUAUUUGCACGUAAAGUUAUUGCCCGUGUUUUGAGUCUGUAUUGUUCCUGAGACGAAAAAAAAAAAGUGUCUGGUGAAGUGAAAGGACCAUCUGCUGUUCAAUUUGCAUGUUAAGUGCGAAGUCAAUUGUUUUUUUUUAUAUAAAGAAAUCUCUCAGUGGGA